AUGUCUAAUCUGUUCGUUCGAUCGGUUAAGCACGUCAAGGUGCGGCCGCCUAUGAACUUUUUAAGGACUGCGGGUUUUGCGUCUGCUGCCGCUGCUGCUAAUGCUAAUGCUUCGGCUCAUAUGGCCGAGGUGGCACAGCCUGGUCACCAAGGGAAGAUCUCCCAGGUCAUCGGUGCUGUUGUUGAUGUCCACUUCGCCUCCGGUCGAUUGCCCCCUGUAUUGAACUCCCUUGAGGUCCAAGGCUUUGAGCAUAGACUGGUCCUUGAGGUUGCCCAGCAUCUUGGAGAGAAUACGGUUCGUACCAUUGCCAUGGAUGGUACUGAUGGUCUGGUACGUGGUCAGAAGGUGGUUGAUACCGGUGCUCCCAUCUCCGUCCCUGUUGGCCAAGGAACUCUCGGACGUAUCAUGAACGUCAUCGGUGAGCCUAUUGACGAGCUAGGACCUAUUGAGUGCAACACUAGAUGGCCCAUCCAUAGACCAGCUCCCACCUUCUCCGAGAUGGACACUGUUGCUAGACAGCUUUAUACUGGGAUCAAGGUUGUGGACCUGUUGGCGCCCUACACUAAGGGUGGUAAGAUCGGCCUCUUUGGUGGUGCCGGUGUCGGUAAGACAGUUGUCAUUAUGGAGCUUAUCAAUAACAUUGCUAUGAAGCAUGGUGGUUUCUCUGUCUUUGCUGGUGUUGGUGAGCGUACUCGUGAGGGUAAUGAUUUAUAUCAUGAGAUGAUUGCUGGUGGUGUUAUUAAGAAGGAUAAGGCACCAGGCAGCAAGGCUGCUUUGGUCUAUGGCCAGAUGAAUGAGCCCCCAGGAGCCCGUGCCCGUGUUGGGCUUACCGGUCUCACCGUUGCUGAGUACUUCCGUGAUGAGGAGGGUCAGGAUGUGCUGCUCUUCAUUGAUAACAUCUUCCGAUUCACCCAGGCAUGUUCGGAGGUCUCCGCCCUACUGGGUCGUAUCCCUUCUGCUGUCGGCUAUCAGCCUACCUUGGCUACAGAUCUCGGUGCCCUCCAGGAGCGUAUCACUACCACUAAGAACGGUUCUAUCACCUCCGUGCAGGCGGUGUAUGUCCCUGCUGAUGACCUCACCGAUCCAGCUCCUGCUACUACCUUCGCCCAUCUCGACGCCAACACGGUGUUGAGUCGUCACAUCGCUGAGCUCGGUAUCUACCCUGCUGUGGAUCCUCUGGACUCCACCAGUCGUAUGCUCGACCCCUCGAUCGUCGGUCAAGAGCAUUAUGACGUUGCUCGUUCCGUCCAGAAGGUUCUCCAAGAUUACAAGUCCUUGCAGGAUAUCAUAGCCAUUCUAGGCAUGGAUGAGCUCUCGGAAGAUGAUAAACUCACUGUGUCUCGUGCAAGGAAGAUGCAGAAGUUCCUCUCACAGCCCUUCUUCGUUGCUGAGAACUUCACUGGCCUUCCCGGACGUUACGUGGACUUGGCGGACACCAUUUCGGCCUUCCAAUCUAUCUUGAGAGGAGACUGUGAUGAUAUCCCAGAGGCAGCUUUCUUCCUUGUUGGAGAUCUCAAUGAUGCCAAGGAGAAGGCGUUGAAGCUGGCAGCCUCAACAGCUGGUGGCGCCCAGUAGAGGGGCAUCUGCUUACUCGUCGUGGUGGAGGCAAUGACGUGAAUUGUUUUCGCAACAUCUUUAGGAUAAGCAGUAGCC